CCAGGUUCCCACGCUCCCAGCCAGGUUCCCACGCUCCCAGCCAGGUUCCCACGCUUCUCAGCCAGGUUCCCACGCUCCCAGCCAGGUUCCCACGCUUCUCAGCCAGGUUCCCACGCUCCCAGCCAGGUUCCCACGCUUCUCAGCCAGGUUCCCACGCUCCCAGCCAGGUUCCCACGCUUCUCAGCCAGGUUCCCACGCUUCUCAGCCAGGUUCCCACGCUUCUCAGCCAGGUUCCCACGCUCCCAGCCAGGUUCCCACGCUUCUCAGCCAGGUUCCCACGCUUCUCAGCCAGGUUCCCACGCUCCCAGCCAGGUUCCCACGCUCCCAGCCAGGUUCCCACGCUUCUCAGCCAGGUUCCCACGCUCCCAGCCAGGUUCCCACGCUCCCAGCCAGGUUCCCACGCUUCUCAGCCAGGUUCCCACGCUUCUCAGCCAGGUUCCCACGCUUCUCAGCCAGGUUCCCACGCUUCUCAGCCAGGUUCCCACGCUUCUCAGCCAGGUUCCCACGCUUCUCAGCCAGGUUCCCACGCUUCUCAGCCAGGUUCCCACGCUUCUCAGCCAGGUUCCCACGCUCCCAGCCAGGUUCCCACGCUCUCAGCCAGGUUCCCACGCUUCUCAGCCAGGUUCCCACGCCCCCAACCAGAUUUUCACGCUUCCGAGCCAGGUUACCGCGCCCCCAGCCAAAUUUCCACGCCCACAGUCAGGUUCCCACACCCUUCAGCCAGGUUCUCACGCCCCCAGCCAAAUUCCCACGCCCACAGUCAGGUUCCCACACCCCUGAGUCAGGUUCCCACGCUCCCCAGCCACGUUCCCACGCCCCCAUGCAGGGUUCCCACGCCCACAGUCAGGUUCCCACGACCCUCCAGCAAAGUUCCCACGCCUCUUAGCCAAGUUCUCAUCCGCCCAGCCAGGUUCCCACGCCCUCCAGCCAGGUUCCCACGCCCUCCAGCCAGGUUCCCACACCCCCAGCCGGGAUCCCACGCCCUCCAGCCACGUUCCUACGCCCGCAAACCAGGUUCCCACGCUCACCAGCCAGAUUCCCACGACCUUAGCCAGGUUCCCACGCUCCCAGCCAGUUUCCCACGCCCCCAGCCAGUUUCCCACGCCCCCAGCCAGUUUCCCACGCCCCCCAUCCAGGUUCCCACGCCCCCAGCCAGGUUCACACGCCCCCCAGCCAGUUUCCCACGCCCCCAACCAAUUUACUACGCCCCCCAGCCAGGUUCCUACGCCCCCCAGCCAGGUUCCUACGCCCCCCAGCCAGGUUCGCACUCCCCCAGCCAGGUUCCCACGCCUCCAUCCAGGUUCCCACGCCCCCAUCCAGGUUCCCACGCCUCCAUCCAGGUUCCCACGCAUCUGAGCCAGGUUCCCACACCCCCAGCCAGGUUCCCACGCCCCCAGACAGAUUCCCACGCCCCCAUCCAGGUUCCCACGCCUCCAUCCAGGUUCCCACGCCCCCAGACAGAUUCCCACGCCCCCAGUCAGGUUCCCACACCCCCCAGCCAGGUUCCCACACCCCCCAGCCAGGUUCCCACGCCCCCAGUCAGGUUCCCACACCCCCCAGCCAGGUUCCCACGCCCCCAGACAGAUUCCCACGCCCCCAGUCAGGUUCCCACACCCCCAGACAGAUUCCCACGCCCCCAGUCAGGUUCCCACACCCCCCAGCCAGGUUCCCACGCCCCCAGACAGAUUCCCACGCCCCCAGUCAGGUUCCCACACCCCCCAGCCAGGUUCCCACGCCCCCAGACAAAUUCCCACGCCCCCAGUCAGGUUCCCACACCCCCCAGCCAGGUUCCCACGCCCCCAGACAGAUUCCCACGCCCCCAGUCAGGUUCCCACACCCCCAGCCAGGUUCCCACGCCAGCUAGCCAGGUUCCCACGCCAGCUAGCCAGGUUCCCACGCCCCCAGCCAGGUUCCCACGCCAACCUGUCAGGUUCCCACGCCAGUCAGCCAGGUUUCCACGCCAGCCACUCAGGUUCCCACACCCCCAGCCAGGUUCCCACGCCAGCUAG